CCUUUGGAAAUUACAAAAACCACUGCGCCCUUGGAACCUUUUUUUAUUUACAACUCACAACUCUAUUUGUCACUUCUCUUCUUCAAUAAAUACUCCUCUCUUCCCCCUCUACUUUUCCGUACAUUUCCCCUUCUUCUUCUUCUUCUUCUUCCUCAAUUCUCUGCAAAUUAUCAGCUAGGAUGAGGAUGAGUUGCAACGGCUGUAGAAUCCUUAGAAAAGGUUGCAGUGAUGAUUGCACCAUCAAACCUUGCCUUGAUUGGAUCAGAUCUUCCGAAUCCCAAGCCAAUGCAACUCUCUUUCUCGCCAAAUUCUAUGGCCGCGCCGGCCUUAUCAAUCUCCUAGAAGCUGGCCCCCAACACCUUCGUCCUGCUAUAUUUAGGUCCCUUUUGUACGAGGCUUGUGGGCGGAUUGUGGAUCCGAUAUCGGGUUCAGUGGGGUUGCUUUGGUCAGGGAAAUGGGUUCAAUGUCAAGCGGCGGUUGACGCUGUUCUCAAAGGCAAACCCAUCAUGCAAAAUCCUCCUUCGUCCUCUUAUUCUUCUUCUAAUUCAUCAACAACUACUACAGCCACAACAACUGCUUCUGCAUUACACCAGAUUCCUCCUCUCAAGUUCUACGACAUCCGCCAUGUCUCCAAGGAUCCAAAUUCCAGUUCAGGCGUCACCACCACGACCAAGACCCCCCGCAUGAAGCGAUCCUGGAACCGCAGGCCCAAAGCCCCUGCACCUGUAACUGACUCAACCAAUGGUAGGGCUUAUCCGGGUCUUGACUCACCAAUAUGGCUGACUCCGAUCGGCAAUACAGAAAGCUCGGUGGAGACCGUGGAGGGUUCAGGUUCAGCGAUGCACCGGAGCCAACAGUUGAGCACGGUUGGGUUGGAACUAACUCUGGGUUUAAUUAGUAGUUCCAAUUAAUGAAUCAAUGAAAGAGCAGCAGGGUGUAAACCUGAGUGUUUAAUUGUAAUCAAGGUUAUAUUUUAUCAGUUAAUCCAUGAAUAACUUGUGUUUAAAGAUGUAUUAAUUAUAUAAUUAAAAUUGUAAAGAUCGCUUAUGAUGAUUUUUCA